GCUGUCAGUGUUGACGGAGGUAACAGAAGCGUUCACUUUAGUAGGCUUCCGACUCUUGUCCACGUGCGCUUACUUUUCGGGAGACAUAUGAUCUAAAGAGAAAAAAAAAUUCGAGUUAAAGACGGAGUGUUCGUUAGACUUUCUAAGCUGUGAAAUUAAUCGGCCGUUGGCGGUCAAUAACAAUCGAUCUAUAUUAAUAAUAAGCUGUGUUGACUUGUGAUUGUAUGUAUAGAAGAAAAACAGCAACGUACCUGAUUUUACGGUGAUCAAUAACUGAUCAAUUCGGAGAUUGUAAAUUUGUCGAACACUUAUUAUCGAACGAGUGUGUGCAAUUAUAGAGCAGAGAAAUGGAUUAUUCUUAUUUUAUAACGGAAGUCGCCAAACGCAGGCGACCGGCUACGACACGGGAGCUAACUAAAAUUGCGUACUCCGCGCCAAAAAAUACCGUUUCCUUAGCGGAAGGAAUGCCCAACGAAGAAACGUUCCCGUUCACGGAAAUCUCAUUUAAACUCUACGAUGAUUCGUCCUUCACUCUCGACGGUGACGAGUUAGGUGCCGCUUUCCAGUACAUACCCACGCAAGGUUAUCCGCCUCUCUUGCAGGCCCUGAGGGAAUUCCAGAGAAAGGCACACGCGCCGCCCUUAUGGGAGAGUAGCGACAUAGUCGUCGUUUCGGGGUCUCAGGACGGGCUUAGCAAGGCUCUGGAGGCUAUAAUCGGCACUGGUGAUCCGAUUUUGGUCCCCGACCCCUUCUACCCUGGCGUCGAAGUUGUGGUAGCACCUCACAAAGCAGAGCUCAUAACGAUCGCGCAGGAUGACGAAGGUCCCAUUCCGGAAAUACUUCGGGAGACUCUAAGAAAUCGGGAGCUUUCCGGCGGGAAAAUGCCGAAGAUAAUGUACAUAAAUGCUACGGGCACAAAUCCUACCGGCAUCAUUAUACCCCUGGAGAGACGGAAAGAGAUCUACAGGAUAGCCUGCGAGUACAAUUUCUUGCUUCUUGACGACGAUCCUUAUCACUUUAUGCAUUUCGACAAGGAAGAGCCUAAGUCCUUCUUAUCGCUUGAUACGGAAGGUCGAGUAAUUAGGUUGGAUUCAUUCUCAAAAGUGAUCAGCAGUGGCAUCAGAUUAGGCUUCAUGACCGCCGCGUCUCCGCUGAUAGCCUGCGUACAACUUCAUUUGCAGAGCAGUCAUCUCCAUGCUCCUACCUUAUCGCAGGUGAUAAUAUACAAGCUGAUGAAGCUCUGGGGUUACGAGGGCUUGAUGCAACAUUUCAUGCACUUAAGGGCCUAUUACAAGGAACGAAGGGAUAUUAUCUCAACGUUGGCACGUAAACAUUUGAAUGGUCUGGCAGACUUCAAUGUACCAAGAGGUGGAUUCUUCUUAUGGAUUAAAGUGCCAGGAAUCAAGAAUACAUGGAAAAUGAUAAUGCAACGAGGCGUAACGGAAGGCGUUAUUAUGGCUCCAGGAGCCGCAUUUAUGAGAGACACCUCGAAACCUUGUAACGCCAUCAGAGCAAGUUUCACUAAGGCUUCCUAUGAAGAAAUGGAUUUGGCACUCGAGCGAUUGGCGCAAUUAAUUCGGACGGAGUUGGCGGAAAAUUACAUCGAAAAUGUGGACACGUGAUAAUAUUGUUUGUAUGUACAUAUAUUAUCAGCAAAUAUUUGUACAUGAGUACACGGUUGAUACUGAAGUUAACCAGUUGGUAAUGAACUAGAGAGAUAAGACCAUAGGACUGAAAAGAUAUAUUAUCAAUUAAAAAUUGAAUUGUUGACUGCUAAGUA